GGAAGCACUGUGUACACAUUCUCAAGAUGGCGGGUAAAGAGAAUGUAAUUAUGUCAUCUGUUGGAAAUUCUGGCAGCGUUUGUAUUCAACUUCAUCCUCUUGUUGUCAUGAAUAUAUCAGAUCAAUAUACAAGAAUAAGAGCUCAAGCAAAUGGUGGCAAUCCACAGAUAUUUGGUGCAUUACUUGGAACUCAGGAAGGACGAAACAUGGAAAUACUAAAUUCCUUUGAAUUGCAGUUUGAUGUAAUAGAUAAUGAUGUGAUUAUCAACACAGAAUAUUAUCACACUAAGGCAGAACAAUUUUCACAAGUUUUUAAAGAUUUAGAUUUUCUUGGAUGGUAUACAACAGGAAAUAUUGCUAAUGAAACAGAUCUUAAAGUUCAUCAACAAAUGUGUCAAAUCAACGAGAGUCCUGUUUUAUUGAAACUUAAUCCUGUUGCUGCAAGAACAAAUGAGCUUCCGAUCAACAUGUAUGAGUCAGUUAUUGAUGUUGAAGAUGGCAAGACACGGAUGUUGUUUAUUGAGCUCCCUUUUACCUUAGCAACAGAAGAAGCAGAAAGAAUUGGUGUUGAUCAUGUUGCCAAGAUAUCUUCAUCAGGGGUUGUUGAAGGAUCUGCCUCUGAACAUUUAUUAUCUAUUUACAAUUCAAUAAAGAUGUUGUAUUCACGCAUUAAAAUAAUUGUGGAUUAUACUAAGGCUGUUCAAGAAGGUGAACUAGAAGCUAACCACGAGGUGAUGAGAGAUAUUCUUAGUCUUACUCAACGUCUUCCUGUCAUGACAAAUGACUUGUUUAAAGAAGACUUCUUUAAUCAAUGUAAUGAUGUUGUUUUAAUGUCUUAUCUUGCAACGAUAACGAAGGGAUGUAAUACAAUGAAUGAGUUAAUAAUGAAAUUUAAUGUGGUAUAUGAUCGUCAUGGUGUGGGUCGUCGAAUUAGAGGUUUGUUCUUUUAGAGAUGGCUUUGAUGGUGGAUUUUAGGAACAACUGCUUCAAAUGCUGACUCAUUUUAACAUGACAAACAAACACCCACUCACACAUAUAAACAUUAAAAUUUUAAUUCUAACAUAAAUAUUGUUUCUAUGUUAUCUUCUCAAAAUGAUUAUGAUUUCAAAGUGAUGAAAAUAUUUGAGCAAAGCAUUGAAGAUUUUAUAAGUGUUGUAAAAAUUUGGACAUUGGUUAAACUUAUGUCUUAUGGAUAAACGAUAAUGUUGUCAUAUUCGUUUUUAAAAUUGCUUACGUCUUCAAAUUAUCCAAAGCUGCUUACGUGGUACUAAAAUUGAUAUGAUAACUAUACCAUUACAUAAAUGAAAAUACCUAUAAAUGAAAGUAUUAAAAAGUGGCUCAAAUCUUAAACAUGCAGUUUGUCAGCAGCGAUAUGUUCUUAAUUCAAACUUUCAAUAGAUUACUUUGCGUUUACAAUGCAAGUAUUUAUAGUGGUAUUUUUAAGUAUUUUGCCUUUGACAAUUGGUAAUUUAUAUUACUCGCUUCACCUCGAUGAUGAUGUUGAAUGUCCUGAAAGAUACGAUGACUGCAACGAUGUUCAUAAAAUGGAUGUUAAGUCGUGUUUUGAUGAAUGCUUUAGUGACCUUAACAAUAACUGACCCAGAGACUCUCUGCAAUGGCUCCUUGAUCAAAAGAAUAGUGGUGAUUAGGGAAAAACAAAAAUGGCAAGAAAUAAUUCUUGUCUUAUUUGCGGAAGUUUUGUUCGGGGCAAGCAGUCACUGCCCUCCUUUUCAUGAGAAAAAGACAGCCGAGCAUUUUUUGUGCUCAUCGACGCCAUCAUGAAGUUAAUGAGGAAAGCAAACCUUUCCCUGAGAUUGUAUGGCGCUUAUUUAUUGAUCUAUAAUUUAUCGUUAAACGUGUCAAAAAAGAUGAAAAAAUAGUAUAUUAUAUAAAUAGCUUAUUUAUGAACGUAUUUGGUACGUAUGAAUGAAUUAUCAAUUUUUGUGAAUAA